AUGGACCUGCAGCUUAGUGCUCGCAGAAAAGACUCCCGCAGACUUCACGACGCACUGCAACUGCGGCCCCUGCUGCGAAGUUUCUUCUCUGCCCUUAAAUCAGGUGGACGUCGUGCUUGUUGGGCACAUACCCUCCGCGUUGCUGACGCGCUACAGACAGCCGCAAAAUACAAGGCCAAGGUCCUCUGCGCCGUAGCAGGAACUGCAGGAAAAGACAUCCUUCCAAGGCUGGGGGCCCUGUUGGAUAUUCAGCCGAUAACGGACGUCGUGCGCAUCCAAGAUUUCAACACCUUUACCCGCCCCAUCUACGCAGGAAACGCCCUGCAGACUGUGCAAUGCCAACAACACCCGAGGGUGCGCAGGUGGAAGAAGGGCGCUGUGUUUUGCAAAGAGGCCCCAAGAAAAAUAUUCCAGAGGCCUCGCGGAAAGGCUGGCGCAAAGCCAGCGAGCGACUGCGCAACAACGCAUAGCUCUGGGGGCUCCUCGCACGCCUGUUCGGGUCGUUGUGUGUCUGCUGCACAGAAUUUCGUGGAGGAAAUCUUGCAGGACUCUACGAAGCCGCAGUUGGGAAGCGCUCAAAUCGUUGUCAGUGGCGGCAGAGGAUUCCGCUGCCGUGAGGACUUUGUGGGUUUGCUAGAGCCGCUACGGGAGAAGCUGGGUGCCGCCCUGGGCGCCACACGGGCUGCUGUGGAUCUAGGAUUCGUGUCGAACGACCUCCAAGUCGGACAAACAGGCAAAAUUGUGGCGCCCAAUUUGUACAUGGCGUUCGGUCUCAGUGGCGCUUCCCAGCACGUAGCUGGCAUGCGCGGCGCAAAAGCUAUCGUGGCCGUGAACAAGGAUCCGGAGGCCCCAAUUUUCAAGAUAUGCGACUUCUACUUGGUGGGCGAUAUUUACAAGGUGCUUCCGGAGCUAACGGAGAAAAUACGACCGCAGCAAGCCCCCAGUGGGGCCGCCACAGGCCCCUGA